UGGUUACUCGUGCAUCCACGUCAGGCACGUACCACAGUUAUGUCUCUUUUAAAGUUAAUGAGUUCCAGCUGCUUGUUGAAAUUCCUAUUUGCCGUUUCUUCACUUGCAGUGUUUGCUUUGUUUUACUUGAGAACAUUUAAUUGUCCAUUACCAUUACAACCUCUUCAAAGGAUCUACGACCCUAUGUCGCCCAAUACCAGCUAUCAGCCAAAGUCGUGUUCCUGUCCAGCAGGAUCUGCAAAUUUACGCGACUACGUGAACAAGGAUAACUUCAGUGACAUCGUUAGGCGGAGAGCUGAAGAGUACGAAAAGUAUCAGACAAGAAAAAAGUCAAUUCUAAACCAACUUCUGUUAGCGCCAGCUAACUCCCCUCUGCAAUAUCCAAUCCAAGGAUUCAUUGUGAGUCCUCUUCAGAAGAGCCUCAUUCCAGGUUUAGGUGUGCAUGGUGUACAAAAACAAAACUACCAGGUGACACUGAGUGUAAGCAGUGGUGUCCUGGCAGUGGAAAAUCUUCAGGAAAAGGACCAAGUGAAGGGACAGGAUGAGAAGGUUCUCUCCAUUUCUACCUCCAGCCUGCAGUCUCUCAAUGACCUGCUGGGUCGGGUCUCCUACAGAAGCACUGUGUACAGCAUCAAGUCUGGAGACCUGGUACACUUCACCUUUGAGCAGUACAAGACCAUCUUCCCGGUUGUGAUCCGACAGCCUACAGUACCGGUUCUGUACGACCUUGGAGAGGAUGUCAACUCCCAAGUAACGGUGACAACUAAGGCCUUCCUGAGGUACCCUGAAGUGAACCGUCUUGUCAAAAGCAUUAGACAGUUUUACAAAGACAUCAAAAUCAUCAUUGCGGACGACAGCUUUGAGCAACAGAAAGUGGAUGGAGACAACAUUGAGCAGUACUUUAUGCCACCCGCACAGGGCUGGUUUGCUGGCAGGAACCUUGCCGUCUCGCAGGUCACCACCAAGUACUUUCUUUGGGUGGAUGAUGACUUUGAGUUCACAGAGAGAACAAAGAUAGAGAGAUUUGUAGAAAUAAUGGAGUCUAAGCCUGAACUAGAUGUGGUAGCUGGGUCGGUCGGCGCAAACAAAUUUUCUUUCAAACUCGUCUACGAGGAGGGGGAUGAGGAAGGUGGCUGUUUGUCCAGAGUAAGCGGCACCUACCAUCAAGUUCCAGGCAUCCCAGAGUGCUACUACGCCUCUGUGGUGAUCAACUUCUUCCUGGCCCGGACCGACGCCGUACGUAAGGUGGGCUUCGACCCACUGCUGAAGAGAGUGGGCCACUCAGAGUUCUUCAUGGACGGGCUGGGAGAGCUGCUGGCGGUCAUUUGCCCUGUGCUCAACAUUAGCCACCAGAAAAGGGAAGCAAAUAACAAUUACCGAAAAUUUCGGCAUCCCCCCCAGAGUGACGGCAACAAGAAAUUGUACCUCCACUUCUUCAAGAAUCGCCUGAAAUGCAUGAAGUGGUGAACAUUCGGAUUGAAGAGACACAUAUGAGUACUGUGGAAGUAUUACAUUGGGACAUUAGUAAAAUUAACUGUAAAAAAAAAGGUGUGAAUCCAUGACUGCAACUUUGCGCUAUCUGGCUUGCGGCUGCUAUGCUUUUGUUUUAGUUUUUUUUUUUUUUACAAAAACAUGCACACUUUCAUAUUAUGUUUCUGUGUAAAACUCUCAGAGCAGUAGGUAUGUUGGAUACGCAGUAUUGCCAUUAUUUCUGUCGCCUCUCUCGUUUCAUUUGGAAGGGAUUACGUGGUCUUAAUAUUGCUUCGACCUUUUGAAUACAUUGUUGGGAUUCCAGAUUCUACCCACAUGCCUACAGAAAAUCACUUUGGGACAGGCAGUGUUGCGGUGUUUGAUGGAAUAUAUAUAUAUAUGUUUACAGCAAAGUUUUGCCACUUGGACAUGUGAUAAAAUAGACAGCGCCUUUAUUUGUACUAAUUGUUCUCCCUUUGAUGUAUGUUGUCUGUGAGUGGAUAAAAUGAGUGUGUGGCUCCACUGUUUUCUAUCACACAGCAGAAGCCAAAGGCACGUUUCAACUGCACCCC